AGGUAGAUAUGGAGAAGGAGGUAGGCAUGGGAGAAAAGAGAUGGCAAGAGGAAGAAAGAAGCCAUGCUGGAAGAAGGUACAUGGUUCGGGUCCGAGCCGUGGUGAUGGCCCGAGAUGACUCCAGUGGGGGCUGGCUGCCUGUGGGGGGCGGGGGCCUCAGCCAGGUGAGCGUAUGUCGGGUCCGAGGGGCCAGGCCCGAGGGGGGGGCCCGCCAGGGGCACUACGUCAUCCACGGGGAGCGCCUCCGGGACCAGAAAAUCACCUUGGAGUGUACCCUGAGGCCAGGCUUGGUUUACAACAAGGUGAACCCCAUCUUCCAUCACUGGAGCCUGGGUGACUGCAAGUUUGGGCUGACGUUUCAGAGCCCGGCCGAGGCAGAUGAGUUUCAGAAGAGCCUGCUGGCAGCGCUGGCUGCUUUGGGUCGAGGCUCGCUCACCCCCUCUUCCUCCUCCUCUUCCUCCUCCCCUUCCCAGGACACUGCAGAGACCCCCUGCCCUCUGACGUCCCACGUGGACAGCGACUCCUCCUCCAGUCACAGCCACCAGGAGACGCCUCCCAGCGCAGCAGCGGCCCCCAUCGUCACGGUGGAGUCAGCUUCCGGCUUCGGGCCGGCCACGCCCCCCCAGCGCCGCCACUCAUCAGCUCAGAGCUACCCUCCGCUCCUAUCGUUCACGGGGAUUCCGGAGCCUUCAGAGCCCCUGGCUGGGGCCGGGGGCCCGGGCUGGGGCGGCCGCGGCUAUGAGGAUUACCGGCGCGCGGGGCCGCCCGCGCCCCUCGCCCUGUCCACCUGCGUCGUGCGCUUCGCCAAGACCGGCACUUUGAGGGGCGCAGCCCUAGGGCCCCCCGCAGUCCUACCCGCCCCUCUCACCGAGGCUGCGCCUCCAGCACCCCCGGCUCGCCCACCCCCAGGCCCCGGCCCGGCCCCUGCGCCAGCCAAGGCCUCCCCGGAGGCGGAGGAGGCGGCGCGCUGCGUGCAUUGCCGUGCGCUCUUCCGCCGUCGCGCUGAUGGUCGUGGCGGCCGCUGCGCCGAGGCCCCGGACCCGGGUCGCCUGCUUGUGCGCCGUCUCAGCUGCCUGUGGUGCGCCGAGAGUUUGCUCUACCACUGCCUGUCGGAUGCCGAGGGCGACUUCUCGGACCCGUGCGCCUGCGAGCCGGGCCACCCGCGCCCCGCCGCGCGCUGGGCCGCGCUGGCCGCGCUGUCGCUCGCCGUACCCUGCCUCUGCUGCUACGCGCCCCUGCGUGCGUGCCACUGGGUCGCGGCGCGGUGCGGCUGCGCCGGCUGCGGAGGUCGCCACGAAGAGGCUGCGCGGUGAGGACGGCCUGAUGGGUCCGGUAGCCAGACCGAGGACCCAAAAUUGAGGGUCCAGGACCCCGGACUCCGUUCGGACCCCAAUCCCAAACCUAGGCACACCCGGAACUUGGAGCUUGAGUUUGGAUUGAGAGACCCCAGACCUGGAACCUGGACCCCAAAUGUAGGACGGAGAGACCCCAGAACCAGCUUCAUUGGGAUGUCUGUCCAAGAGGUUCCAGGGACCCUGAGUUCUGGCUUUCCCAUUCUCCACCCCCACCCCGACCUAGACUAAGGAGAUUCCAGGGAUCCCCAGACCCUUCACCCCAGGCAGGCAGGGAGCACACGGAUCCCUGAGAGCAGGGCUCAUCCUGACUCCCUGUUCAAAUUACCAACCUAGACCCCCGUCAUGCCUGGCACCAUGAACCAUCAGAUUACAGCCUCAUAAUUAGGAGUGGCCAGAACCUGACCCUACCUGUAUACAGUUACUCCCAGAUCUUAAAUCAUAGUACCUGGAAUCACCCCCCAAUGAUUCUUGAAUGCACCUAAAACCUGGGGCACCUGUAUCUAGGAUGUUCUUGUAGCCCCAGGACUUCUUAGACACCAAAUCCUCUUAAGAUGCCCUGAGUCCUUGGAUGUGCUCAAACGGCUGUUCUCUCACCCAAAUGACUUGGGAGAUCCACCUCAGAGCCCUCCUUCCCAUGUGCACAUGGCCCAAGAUUCAGAAUUCAGACUCCGAGAUGCUGUGAGCCAAGGAUCAAAGACCUCUGUAGACCCACCCAUCCCAAGCUGGUGUUCCCAGGAUUUUUCAAUUCCAUAUAUAGAACUCUGAAGUCCUAUAUAUGUAGGACUGAUGUAGGAUUGAAGGCCACCAGUACCUCAGGGUCUAAGACGUGGGUCCCAACCCCUCAGAUACCCUUCUUCCCAACCUCCUUGGACUCGGAUUUCAAGCCCCAGAUCAUCCUGGAAUCUUCAGCUUCUUUGUACCCACAUAUUCCCAGUCCCCAAAAGGCUAGGAGCCCAGUUCCCAGAAGAUGGGACAUUCAUAGCAACUCAGACCUCUGACCCCUUGCCCCUGAGUGGCCCCAGAGUGAUUUAGGAACACUCAAUUCAAGACCCUAAGGUGCCACUGACCCUCCAAAUUCAGAACUCAAGCCUACACAGUAUUGGGAUUGUCCCUGACCCAAGACCUUGGUCCCUCCAUGCCAGAGACAAAUCUGAGGUGCCCUGGGACUUUCACACCUUCAGAUCCCAGAUUUUUUUGGAUUCCAACCUCUCUAGCCUGAUAUUUCCCAGGCCCAGCUUGUGCAUCUCUUGAGACCUGCUGCCCAUUGAAUCCUGCCGUCCGCAGACCCCUGGGAAACCCCAAGGUCCCAGACUCUCAGAAUUCUAGUCCCAAGGGCCCUGGCCCAAGCUCUCAGUAUCAUACAGAACUAACUACCCCUUUAACCCUGAAGGGGGAAAAAAAAAAAACAUUUUGAGCUAAUGUUCCUGGAUUCCAGGACCAACCAAGAUCUCUCCUGCUCCCAUAUCUAGGACCUAGCUUUGCCAUAGAUGAGUGUGCAGGCUGUGUGUGCUCACAGCCAAGGCUGUGAGCAGGGCUGGCCAUGCUGUGCCCUCAGAGGAAGGUGUGCAUUUGUGUAAGUUGCACAAAGGCAACUAGAUAUGGCUCUAUUGGCACAAAUGCCCAUGGGUGCACACUCACACCUACACACACCCACACCCACACACUUCCCAGCCUUGCAGACUCUCUCCCAAGCCCAACCUUGAGUCCUAGCCUUAGUCCAAGCCUUUCAUGUUCUGCCCCUCUGUUAACCCCUUCACUUCCAUCUCAGAGUUGGGGGUUGUUUGGGAAAGUUUGAAAGCCCGGUUCAUGGCCUUCUGAGACUCCUCUUCUGGGGAAAGGGGAUUCCAAGAUCUCUCUCUCUUCAGUGGAAUGGGACUUCUAGUGUACCAUGGAUCUGACAGCCUGCAUGGGGGAGAUCACGGUCUUGGAGCAACACAAUCUCAAUGUUGUAUGGGCUUGGGACCUACAUCUGGUCCUAGGCAUCUUGAAGUGUGCACUUACCUUUCCUCAUUACCCAGACCUGGAUGGCCUUGUGGGGGUUCAAGGGAUAGGUCAAGGGGGCCAGAGGGAUGGAUCCUCCUGUCACUUCCUUUAAAUUAUUAACUAUUUAUUACAUCCGGAACCUGUGAGAUUCAGCUCUCUCAACCAGACCCUGGGAUGGGUGAGAGAAAAGAGGGGUGUCCCUCCCACCCCCACUCUGCCCAGCUCUCAUCAGUGUCAGACCCACCAGAGCUGAGGGCGGAGGGAUGAGGGGCUGGGGCAGCCUGGGUCCCCAUCCCCCUCUCUGUGCCUCGGUCUCCUCCCUUCCGUGGUGGGCGGGGGGAAGCUCCAUUCUUAACCUACCUCGUUUUGGGGAGGGGUGGGACGGGGGACCAGAGUGCUGUAAGGUGCUGUGGGAUCUGUGGACGAAGUGGUGGGGGCUGGGGGAAGGUUCCCUGGCUCCCACCUCCCAGCACCGCCUCUCCCAGGUCUCCCAGUCCUGCUCCCUGCUAAUACCCACCUCUGAUCCAUGAUUACUCUUCAUCACCCCUAAAUCAGGGGUGCAUGGAGGGAUGACCCUGGGAGCCAGGAAGACCUCAAACCCUGGAGCCCCCAGGCCCAAUUUCCCAGCUGCUUGCCCCUCAGAUUGGAUGCUUGGCCCCCAGGCUUGGGGGAGGCACCUCGACAUUUAUCUUCCUGAUCUUGAUUCUAAGCCAGUCUGUGACCUCAAUAUUGUUAUCAGUGCAGGCUGAAGUAGUGGGGGAGGAUGGGGGCCGAAGACCAGCCUUGUCAUCGGGGGAGGGGGCAUGAGAUAUCGGCUCCAAGAAAUGUCUGUGACAAAGUCUCAGCCUGUGUUCUUUAUUUGCACUGAUGCACCCCAUCCGCUCAUCUUCCUGAGCCACCAGACCAGAGAGAAAUCCUCCUUUCCCCUUCUCAUCCUUUAGUCCCAAGCAGACCCUCGGCCUGAAUUUUAUACAUACAAUCACUCCACAAGUACAUUUACUGAACACUUGUUAUAUACCAAGCCCUGUUCUAGGUGCUGGGGAUAAAACAGUGAACAGAAAAAUUCAUUCCCACAAGGAACUUAUGAACUUUAUAGUGAAGGAGAUAACAUGUUAGUGGAGGAGAUAACAUAUAGUGAAGGAGAUAACAUGUUAGUGGAGGAGAUAACAUAUAGUGAAGGAGAUAACAUGUUAGAAAUGAUAUAUGCAUGCAUGCUGAGUUGCUUCAGUCACGUCCAACUCUUUGACUCUCUGUGACCCUAUGGACUGUAGAAGACCAUCAGGCUCCUCUGUCCAUGGAAUUCUCCAGGCAAGAACACUGGAGUGGGUUGCCAUGAUCUUCUCCAGGGGAUCUUCCCAACCCAGGGAUCGAACCCGUGUUUCUUAUGUCUCCUGCAUAGGCAGGUGGGUUCUUUACCACUAAGAAAUGAUAUAUCCUAUAAAGAAAAAGUGAAAAUGGGGGAUACAGACAGUUAUUGCCAUGGUGGUCAGGGAGGCCCCAUGGAGGAGGAUGGCAUUUAAAUAUAACCCUGAAGGUGAGGGAGUCCUGGGGCUGUCUGUAGGAAGAGCAUUCCAGGUGAAAAGGACAGUUGUGCAAGGCCUUGAGUGAGGAGCAUGUCUGGUAAGUCUGAGGGACGUCAAGGGAGCUGGAGAGGGGAGGAGCAAGAACAGGAGGGUGCUUAGGAGAUAGAAAGGUGAAAGAAGGAGAAAAGGUG